AUGGUGCCCGAUUCAGAAUUCCUAGGCGGCCCCGAUGAGAAGGACCCCGCCAUCUACCAGUGGCCUCAAGGGCAGAUCGAUACCAUUGUCAUAUUCGAGCGUCUGGGAGCGGCCAUGUCGGUUGCAGGAGUGCUUCUGAUCUUCGUCGCCUUUGCGGCCUCGAAGCGCCUGCGUACCGUCCCCAACACCUUCAUCGUUUUCGCAUCCAUCGCCAACCUGGGAGCCAGCAUCGCCUGCUUGAUAGGAUACUCGGGUGUCCAGAAAGGCCCUACCAGCGACUUGUGUCAGGCUCAGGCCUUCAUGUUUGAACUGUUUAUGCAAUCAGAUCCGUGGUGGUCUUUUGCUAUGGCCGUCAAUGUCUACAUGGUCUUCUUCUUCUCUGCCAACCCCAAGAGCUUCCUUCGAUACUGGUGGGCGUACUUCAUCGUCUGCUACGGCAUCCCCUUCAUUCCUUCGCUGUGGCUGCUAGUUGCCCGAAACAGCGAUGGGGUGGACGUGUACGGCGAUGCGACAAUCUGGUGCUGGAUCGGCAAGAACGGCCGCGACCUGCGCAUAUACACGUACUACCUGCCCAUCUGGGUCUGCGUUGGCCUGUCCACGUGCAUCUAUAUCGCGGUCGGCUACUAUGUCUUCAAGCAACGUAACCAGCUUCGUAACCUGUCGCUGAGUAACCCUUCGCCUUUACGUGACCCGCCAGGACGGAAGGACUCGGGCGAGAAGGACCUCUUCGCGAACGCGGCAGUUAUGGGCACCAUCAACCGUGAAGUCGUACAGGUAACGACGAUAAAUUCGUCAACCGAACCCGCGACAGCAGCACGGCACGCAGCAGGGCCGGUAAACUGGUUUGACGGACCCAUAGAGGAACACUUCGACUUCGACGGACCGACCAGCCCGGCAACCUCCCCGAACCCGUACCACACAACCGUCACGCGCAUAACCGCCGAUCCCAUGCCCAAGGAAGGGUUCUUCGGUCGCAUACGCGGCGGCUGGAACCGCUGGUCCGGCAGGUUCGCCAACAUGGACCCCGUCAAGCUGGCGUACCUGCGCACCUCGUUCGUCUUCGCCAUCAGCGUGUUCGUGACGUGGACGCCGAGCAGCAUCAACCGCGUGCACGACCUGCUCUUUCCCGGGAGCUACAGCUACCCGCUCAAUCUCGCGAGCGCCGUCGUCCUGCCGCUGCAGGGAACGUGGAACGCCGUCAUCUUCUUCUCGACCAGCUCCGUCGCGCUGCGCGAGGAGGUCCGCUCCAGGAUCGACCGCUUCCGCGGCAUCCCCCGCGGCCAGAACACGGCCGACGCCGUGCGUAGCGAGCGCGAGCGCGCCUUCGAGCUGGAGCGCCGCAUCACGCGCAAGGCGGGGCCGCGCGACGACGCGGGCAGCGAGCUGAGCGCAACGACUACGCUUGCGCACCCCGGAUGCGGCAGCCCUAGUGCUAGCACCAUGAGGGUCAUGAGGGGCGACUCGCUAUCCAGUCUAUGA